AUCUGAUUAAAGUCUAGGCUAUUUCUAACCUGCUCAUUGUCCUAUUAUUCUUUUUUGAUCCAAAUAACCCGUGCAAAAAGAGUAUUGGUUUGCCAGCUUUUCCGGCUGGGGGCUCGUGUUUGUCAAAAGCGAGAUUGGACAUAAGUCGAGCAUGAGAAUUGAGAAUUGCUAUUCGGGAUUUUAAGCUCGGUCGCGACAUAUGAAAUGGGGUUAUCAUUUUUACAGACAUAGUGAGUGCUGCAGAUAUCAAGAUCGCUAAAAUUGUAUCAGGAGAAGGGUCGGCUCACAAGGCAGCGCCGAUUGCUCAGAGGGUGGGCUGUAGUGGGGCAACGUAGGCCGAGACGUCUAGUUGUCUUCUUCACCACCACGCUGCACAACAUUUCCCCUCGCCAGAUCAACAUCCUUCCUGAUCACCACAGCCAAUUUCGGCCCACCGUACCCGCGCCGCACACGGCUAACAACCAAAAAUGGAUUACGAAGCUCUUAAAGAAUCUUGGAGCGAAGUUGAGGACCGCGAUGGCGUCCGCCUGAGUUGGAAUGUUUUCCCAAGCUCAAAGAUGGAAGCUUCACGACUAGUCGUACCUAUUGGUGCUCUCUACACGCCGCUGAAAGAGAAGCCAGAAACCCCCCUGCUGCAAUUCGAGCCAGUCACUUGCAAGCAGCCGUGCCGCUCCGUGUUAAACCCUUUCUGCCAGGUCGAUGUCCGAGCUCGGGUCUGGAUUUGUCCGUUUUGUUUAUCAAGAAAUUCCUUGCCGCCUCACUACAAAGACAUCACCGCAAAUGCUAUCCCACCCGAGCUUCAUCCUGCCAACACAACCAUUGAGUAUCGACUUUCACGACCAGCUCCAGCUCCUCCGAUUUUCAUGUACGUUGUCGACCUUUGCCAGGAGCAAGACAGCCUCUCUGCUCUAAAGGAAUCUCUUGUUAUGAGUUUGAGCCUAUUACCCGAGAACUCUCUUGUUGGCUUAAUUACAUACGGAACGAUGGCUCUAGUUCAUGAAAUUGGCUACGAAGGCUGUGCUAAAUCUUAUGUCUUCCGGGGCAGUAAAGAUUAUUCUGCAAAGCAAGUCCAAGAAAUGCUUGGACUUGGUUCCUCGGCAGCUCGUCCUGGCAUGCAACCUCAGCAGGGUCGCCAACUUCCUGGAGGACCUGCAUCUCGUUUCUUACUUCCUGUCGAACGAGCAGAGUUCCAGCUCACCAAAACUUUGGAGGCACUUCAGAAAGAUCCAUGGCCAACAGCAAAUGACCAUCGUAGCUUACGUUGCACUGGUGUGGCAUUGAGCGUUGCCGUUGGUCUGAUGGAAUCUUCGUUCCAAAACGCUGGUGGAAGGAUCAUGCUAUUCGCUGGUGGUCCGGCUACUGAAGGUCCGGGCAUGGUUGUCGGUCCUGAACUCCGUGAACCCAUCCGAUCUCAUCAUGACAUUGAUCGAGACAACGUCAAGUACUACAAGAAGGCACUCAAGUUUUAUGAGAACUUAGCAAAGCGAACCGCACACAAUGGCCAUAUUAUCGACAUUUUCGCUGGAUGUCUUGACCAGGUUGGCCUUCUAGAAAUGAAAGGACUUUGCAACUCAACAGGUGGACAUAUGAUUCUAACUGAUAGUUUUACCUCCUCCAUGUUCAAGCAAUCAUUCAUUCGAAUUUUUGAGAAAGACGACGAUGAUAACUUGCUUAUGGGCUUCAAUGCUGUUCUGGAGGUGUUGACAACAAAGGAACUGAAGGUUACCGGUCUCAUCGGACACGCUGUUUCAUUGAAUAAAAAGUCUGUUUCUGUCGGCGAGACUGAAUGCGGUAUUGGUAACACAUGCUCCUGGAAGAUGUGUGGCAUCGAUCCAAAGGCCAGCUACGGCAUAUAUUUUGAGGUCGCGAAUCAGGGUCAAGCGCCUCAUCAACAGACACCUCAGAAGGGCAUGGUGCAGUUCCUAACUUACUACCAGCACUCUUCUGGACAGUUUCACCUCCGAGUUACCACGAUUGCUCGGAAUUUGAGCGGCCCUGCCGGUGAUCCGGCUAUUGCACAAUCAUUUGACCAAGAGGCAGCUGCCGUCCUCAUGAGUCGCAUUGCAGUCUACAAAGCAGAGGUAGAUGAUGAGCAAGAUGUUCUGCGCUGGGUAGACAGAAUGCUUAUUCGACUCUGCUCUCGCUUUGCCGAUUAUAGGAAAGACGACCCGUCGUCCUUCCGUUUGGAGAAGAACUUCACCCUCUAUCCUCAAUUCAUGUUCCAUCUUCGUAGGGGUGCAUUUCUUACCGUAUUCAACAACUCCCCCGACGAAACAGCAUUCCAUCGACAUGUGUUGAAUCAUGAAGAUGUCAGCAAUUCGUUGAUUAUGAUCCAACCAACCUUGGACUCUUACACGUUCGAUCAGGACGGCGGCCAACCAGUAUUGCUCGACUCCGCAUCUAUCCAACCAACACAUAUUCUCCUUCUGGAUACAUUCUUCCAUAUUCUGAUUUUCCACGGAGAGACGAUCGCAGAAUGGAGAAAGGCAGGCUACCAAGAUCAAGAGGGCUAUGAGAACUUCGCCUCUCUUUUGGAACAACCCAAGGAAGACGCCCGGGACCUUAUUACUGACAGAUUCCCGCUGCCGCGCUUUAUUGUUUGCGAUGCGGGAGGCUCUCAGGCAAGAUUUUUGCUGUCUAAACUCAACCCUUCUACUACUCACACUACUGGCCCAUACGGUGGCGCUGGCGCCGCAUCGGCACAGACAAUCUUUACUGACGAUGUCUCACUUCAGAAUUUUAUGGAACAUCUGAUGAAGGUUUCGGUUACCGGCGCUAACUAAAGCGGUGGUCGUCGCUAAUUUGUGGUAUGGAGGGAUUGAACGAUAUCAAUAGACAUUUGGUAAAUAUAAAUUAAGAUAUUCACCGCGUUGAAUUCAAACACAUUGCCGACCGAGAUAUAACGAUGUAGCCUGCAUAGCCAAUACAAACCGUCAUGACAACUUGUUUUGAGAAGCGAGAGGCACCAUGACUUCUUCCCACUUUAACUGGGUUGGCAUAAAUUACAACUUACUUCUGCCUGCUGGUGCUAUACAACUGAGUAUAUUAUAGUUCAAAAAUACAUAAAGAAUCUGU